AUGCAUGUCAAUGACUGCUCAGCAAGCAGGGCACUGAGAGCUCCAGAGGUACCCCUCACUCUCCUGAGUCGGCAAGCUUUCACGCGAAAACGCCCGCCAAAUCCCAGGAGCUCAAAGCUCCCGGGCAAGCCUUCUGGCAAGUGUGCCGAAGUCGGUGCUCUUCUCGGGAGCUGCCCACGGUCUCACGGCAACAGCAUAUCGGCCCCACACGAGGGAGGCCGGACGGCAUAUAUGAGCUUGGACCGAGCUUUCAGCUUUGACCAGAGCUAUGUCCGGCCGCGUACCGUGGCAUUGCAGACGCUCGCGUACCUGACCAAACGAUGCGUCGGAGCUCGUCCUCUGAGACAAAGUGCACAGUCUAGAACACCCCAGAAGGCGAGUUGGGGGCGCACAAGCGCGGCUCAACUUCCACGGGCUGGGCAACGGCACAUUUCUCGUCUUGCGAGCCGCCUCGACGGUGGGCGCGCCCAGGGUGACACGGCCGUGGCACCGAGUGAGCACAUGCGCGGCGAGAAGCACUUCAUCUACGGCCGUGUCGCGAGUGGCCACGGCAGUCCGUACGGCAAACCGUACGGCAGUGCCGGUGGUCAGGCACGGCGGCUUACCGCAGCAGGUCAGUUUCACGAGAUCCAGCUGUUCCUCUUGGGUUCGACCUUGACGACCCGCAGAGGUCUCACUCCUCACGAAGCUAUCCGAGACAAACUCCUUCAACCCGUCUUAGACGUUCCACGGUGCAACAAUUACCAUAUUUCCGGCAACUUGUUGAAGUCUGUGCUGUUCCUCUUCUGCAUUUCAGCUUUCAAAUUCCUCUGCUUCGGCCUCGGCCUCUCCAUGGUUGACGCCUCCAUCGUCGCAACCAGUCUGUACACCAUCGGUGUAGAAUUUCACGACAUGGAACGUAUCAACUGGGUCGCACUGGCCUACACGCUGACCUUCCUUGGGUCUGCUGUGUUCUUCUCGAGGAUGGCCGACAUCGUCGGCAGACGGAAUGCUUUCGUCGCCGCUUUCCUUAUCUUCUUCUCCUUUUCACUCGGUUGCGGCUUCUCACAGAACAUGGACUCCCUCAUUGUCUGUCGAGCGUUCCAGGGCAUCGGUGGAUCUGGCCUGUUCUCCGUCACUAUGAUCAUAUUCCCUGAGAUGAGUCCACCGAAGGCCAGGAACUUUAUAGCUCCUCUUAUCGGAAUGGUCAUAUCAACAUCUGGCGUGCUUGGCCCGAUCCUCGGUGGUAUUUUCACUGAGUACGCCACUUGGCGGUGGGUGUUCUGGAUCAAUGGCCCCAUUGGAUUCGUGGCGAUGAUCCUCUUCUACGCCUCGUGGCCUGACGCUGCAUACGUCCCUAACAUCCACAAGCGAUCAUGGAAGGACUUGGAUUUCCUGGGAUCGCUACUUGUUGUAGCAGCCUCGGUACUUGUAGUCUUUGCCUUCCAGGACGCCGGGCAUAGCCAGGUGGAGAACCCAUGGUCCAAGGCGACCUUUAUCGGACCGCUGGUGGCGGGUCUCGUAAGUUGGAUCGGCCUCUUUGCGUGGGAGGGCGCAUUUGAGCGACUUUGGAGCAAGAAGAUGGCGGCGUUGCCGCUCGUCCUGAUCCGCAACCGUGUGUUUGCAGCAGUCAUCUUGAACACCAUAUUCCUUGGUUUCUCUUACCUCGCCGCACUUUUCGCUGUGCCACUUCGCCUUCAGGUCGUCAAUGGCAAGAGCCCGGUCAUUGCCGGUGUUAUGAUGCUCCCUAUGCUUGGUGGCACCGGUAUUGGGAGUGCUCUCACAGGUGCAUUAAGCAAGAAACGAAACCGGCUGUCCGAGACAAUGACGGUCGGUACUGUGCUGGUGACACUGGGCCUGGCUCUUGAGACAACGGUGUCAGCUUCUGUCGAGCUCGAGCCAAAAUUUCUGGGUUUCCUGGUGUUCAUCGGCCUGGGUUAUGGCAUGAUUACGGCUUCUGCAACUAUGUUCACAACCACAGAAGCCCCUAUCACCGAGCAUGCUCCCGCCCAAGGUAUCGUUGCUCAGUCUCGAAUGCUAGGAGGAAGCAUUGGCAUAGCUAUGUCAUCAGCGAUCCUGGCAGUUGAGCAGAGAAAGCACCUUGCUGGGAUGGUCCCUUCGUCAGUGGUGUCGAGUUUGGGAAAUGGUCAUCCCACUAUCAUCCCCCUUCAGGGAGCUGCAGUCCGCAAGGCCUACAACGACUCAUUCACGCAGACGAUGGAAGUGUGUGCCAUAAUUGCAGGUGUUGGUGUGCUCCUUACCGUGGGGACAUACCGCCGCAAUAGAGGCUCACUAGAAGACCAGCGGGACGAGCAAAUCCGCACGGAGAACGAGCGGCGGGGGGCUGAGAAGGGUGCGGCCACUGGAAUUGUGGGAUCUCAGUCAUCUGGUGAGCGCUAG